AUGGCUUCCAGUACUUAUAGUCACAAAUCACUAUUAGAUACUCGACUAGACUUUGAAUUCGGAGCCUGGAAAGUCGGCAGAAAACUCUCAAGCAAGAUUCGGAAACAGGAAGACCCACAAGGUGGCUUUACGUAUGAGCGACAUGAGGUUUAUGAAGCUACAAGAGCUGAUCAACCUUCCAAUACGCCCGAUAUCAUAAAAGUCAAAAAGCAGCAUGUUUACACUGUUGCUAUAAAGAUAAGGUAUUCCGAGCCCAGUGACGGUGUUUACCGCGAAAUAUAUAAUCUAUCGCAGUUAGAAGACUGCAGGAAGAUACCUAAGCUUCUUGGGUACGCUUUCGAACUGCAAGACUCUAGCAAUGAAUUACCAGGCGGAAGGUCCCUGGGGAGAAUCUCCAUGGCUUCGACACACUUCCAAGAGAGGAGCAAAACCGUAUUUGAAUUGCAUUCGUUGAAGCGUUAUGGUAUGUAUUUUCUAUACAUUCCGGGACAGAAGACUCUCCGCGAACUGCAGUCCCGCCAUUUCACUCAUUGGGAUCCACGAAGAGAAAACAUUAUAUGGGAGCCUCAAAGUGGACAAUGUUUUAUUGUGGAUCUUGAAGAUUCCGAGCAACAUACGGAUCGAACAAAGGAUGAUGUGUGUCUAGACGCAAUGGAACAAUUGGAGUACUGGGGUCUAAUUGAAGGACAAUAUGAGGGUGUGUUGUUCUUUGAGAAGGAUAAACUAUUGGAAGACUUGAAAGUCCGACUAUACAGUAAGUAA